GCCGGAAGUGACGUCGCGUCGUUCCUUUUGGUGGACAAGAUGGCGGAGCAACGUGGUGCGCAAGUGGCCGAGGCGCGGCCGAAACGGAAAAAAAUUAAUAAGAACAAGAAGAAGAACUGGGUCAAGUACAGCGAUGUCACGGACGUCGAGGAGUUCCUGGAGGACGUGAGGCUGCAGGAGCGGACCACGGGGGGCCUGGUGAAAGAUCAGCCGGAUGCAAGCAUUUUCUUCUUAGACACCAAAAAUAAACCGAAAGAUCAAAAUUCGAACAAGGGCCGGGAUAGGCCCUUGAAAAUCGAUCUCAUUCUGCAGCCCAGCUCCGGAGUAGACACCCCCCUAAACCUGAGCGUGCAGCAAGUCCCUGGCGCACGUCGCGCACGCCGGCGUGUGGCGCGGUGCGAGCGGUACGGGCCCAACUCCGGCGCCGACGCUCGUGCCGAGAGGCUGCUGCUUGCGCGGGCACGUGCAUCGCGGAAGCGAGCCAGCGCCCCGCCCGAGCCAGGGAAGGCAGAGCGCCCAUUCUAUGACUUGUGGGAUACCAACGGGCCCCUGGGCAAGGAGCUGCAGGGCCAGGAUGAUUGGUUUCUUGAACAAACCAAGCGCAAACGGGUGAAGCCACACAUUCUGAUGCUGGAAAAGCCAUCUCGUGUCCCAGCUGUAGAAGCUCCACUCCCAGGCCUCUCUUACAACCCGGCCUACGAAGACCACCAGAUGCUGCUGUUGGAUGCCCAUGCGGUGGAGGUGAAGAAGUUGCGUGAGCAGCGGAAGCUGGAACGACAGCUUCGCUAUCCUGCGGGGCAAGAACGGCCCACUCAGGCAUCUGUGUUCAAGGAGAUCUGCGAGGGCCUCUUCGAGGAGUCGGAGGGGGAGGAGGAGGCAGAGAAGGCGGACGUGGAGGAGGUGGAGAAGAAGGUGUCGGUCCGCGCCGUGAGCCGGCUGGACAAGAAGACCCCGCAGCAGCGGCGCCGCGAGAAAGCAGCCAAGGAUCAGGAACGGCGCCGCAAAGCUGAGAAGGUGGCGCGGGUGCGGGGGUUGGAGGCGCAGCAGCUGCGCAGGGUGCGCAAGGAGGUGCACGCCCGGCAAGCGGAGCUGGCCCGGCGCAAGCUGCACCGCCAGGAGAAGCGGUUGCGGAACAUCAACAAGCCCAAGAGGCUGGGACGUCUCAAAUAUGCGGAGCCCGAUGUUGACUUGAAACUGAGCGACGAACUCGUUGGCACGCUGCGUGAGCUCAAGCCUGAGGGCAGCCUGCUGAUGGAUCGAUUCAAGAGCUUUCACAAGCGGAACAUGCUGGAGCCCAGAGAGAGAGCCAAGUUCAAGAGGAAACACAAAGUGAAGUACCAGGAGAAGAGAGCCUUCCGAGAGAUCACGCUAUAAAGACCACACUUGACCAAGUUUCAGCAGUCAACCCCAGCGCUGUACAGGCGUCAAUCCGUAAUUAAUUCAACAUUACAACAAAGAAGUUGAUAUACUCAAAAGACCGGCACAGAUAACCCAACACAAAUUUGUACAACAUGUAACUUUUUGUGUUUAAUGUAUAUUCUCAAAACAAUUCACAUCAAUGGCUCGGCAAUAAAAUGCGUUUUAUAUGCCUAUGCA